AGUCGGCUCGGAGCCCAGAGCCGCUGUGAGCACUUGGGUUCAAGCGGGCGCCUGCGAGCCCAGGGGCAUCGCCCGCAGAGGCCAAGCUCAUGGCCGGCUGAGCGGGACGCCGCCUCCGCCUCAGCCACCGCCGCCGCCGCCGCCGCCUCCUCCUCCUCAGCCGGCGGCGGCCCGGGCCCAGCAGCCAUGGCUGAAGACUACUGGGACGGGCGCCUGCGGCGAACUGGAGGAGAAGGAGGUCGCGCGGCCUCAUCCUGGGCCGCCGCCCCAGGCGCCGCCGCGCCGGCCCCGCGGCUCUGAGGUUGCUCGUGCGCCCCCGCCGGUUGCCAUGGACCGGAUGAAGAAGAUCAAACGGCAGCUGUCAAUGACACUCCGAGGGGGCCGUGCCAUAGAUAAGACCAAUGGUGCCCCUGAGCAGAUAGGCCUGGAUGAGAGUGGUGGUGGUGGUGGCAGUGACCUCGGAGAGGCCCCUCCUCGUGCUGGCCCUGGGGAACCUCGCUCUGGACGGGGCCCACUCAGCUCUGCACCUGCAGAGAUUGUGCACGAGGACAUGAAGAUGGGGUCUGAUGGGGAGAGUGACCAGGCUUCAGCCACAUCCUCAGAUGAAGUGCAGUCACCAGUUAGAGUGCGCAUGCGCAACCACCCCCCACGCAAGAUCUCUACCGAGGAUAUCAACAAGCGCCUGUCGCUUCCAGCUGACAUCCGGCUACCUGAGGGCUACCUUGAAAAGCUUACUCUUAACAGCCCCAUUUUUGACAAGCCCCUCAGCCGCCGCCUCCGCCGUGUCAGCCUGUCCGAGAUUGGCUUUGGGAAACUAGAGACCUACAUCAAAUUGGACAAGCUGGGUGAGGGUACCUAUGCCACCGUCUACAAAGGUAAAAGCAAGCUUACAGACAACCUUGUGGCACUCAAGGAGAUCAGACUGGAACAUGAAGAGGGAGCACCCUGCACCGCCAUCCGGGAAGUGUCCCUGCUCAAGGACCUCAAACAUGCCAACAUCGUCACACUACAUGACAUUAUCCACACGGAGAAGUCCCUUACCCUUGUGUUUGAGUACUUGGACAAGGACCUGAAGCAGUACCUCGAUGACUGUGGGAAUAUCAUCAACAUGCACAACGUGAAACUGUUCCUGUUCCAGCUGCUCCGAGGCCUGGCCUACUGCCACAGGCAGAAGGUGCUACACCGAGACCUCAAGCCCCAGAACCUGCUCAUCAAUGAGAGAGGAGAACUCAAGCUGGCUGACUUUGGCCUGGCCCGGGCCAAAUCAAUCCCAACGAAGACAUAUUCCAACGAGGUGGUGACACUGUGGUACAGGCCCCCUGACAUCCUGCUUGGAUCUACAGAUUAUUCUACCCAGAUUGACAUGUGGGGUGUGGGCUGCAUCUUCUAUGAGAUGGCCACAGGCCGGCCCCUCUUCCCAGGCUCCACAGUGGAGGAACAGCUGCAUUUCAUCUUCCGCAUCUUGGGAACUCCAACUGAGGAGACAUGGCCUGGCAUCAUGUCCAAUGAGGAGUUCAAGACAUACAACUAUCCCAAGUACCGAGCUGAGGCCCUUCUGAGCCAUGCACCCCGACUUGAUAGCGAUGGGGCUGACCUCCUCACUAAGCUGCUGCAGUUCGAGGGUCGCAAUCGGAUCUCUGCAGAAGAUGCCAUGAAGCAUCCAUUCUUCUUCAGCCUGGGGGAGCGGAUCCACAAACUUCCUGACACUACUUCCAUAUUUGCACUAAAGGAGAUCCAGCUACAAAAGGAGGCCAAUCUUCGGUCCUCAUCUAUGCCUGACUCGGUUGCCGGCGGACAGCAUGGCCGUGCCAGCCUCCCACACUGAGGCAGGCCUAACCCUCCUCGUCAUAUCCACCCCCCCUUCCCAGGACCACUACCCCACGGCCAGCCAAGGGUCUGGAACUGGCCCAGGCUGGGGCUCUCAAUGCAGAUGAGAAAGGUGAUGAUGCCUUGGGUCUGAGGCAUCUUCUGCCUGCUUUCCUGCCUGCCCCACUGCCUCAUGUUGUUGUGGGCCUUUUUGUUUGUUUCAUUUAUUGUUUUUUUAAAUCAUUUUAAAUGAGGUUCUCAUUUUUUUAAACGCAAUAUCUCUGUAUACAGAGUGGCUGGGCCCCACCCCCUGCGUGUGGCCCUCCCACAGUAUUUUGUGCAAUGAAGCCCCACUCCCAGCCUUUCAGAGGCAGGGACACAGCCCCUCUUCAGAACCCUGACCAUCACCAAACCCUGGGAUCGGCUGUUGGAAAGCAUGCCUCGGCUACUCGCCUUCUUCCCCCUGCCUGCCAUCCCCAGCUGCAGGGUCAUCUGGGAACUACUGGAAACUGGGAGCCGGACAAGGUCGGGGGAGCCCUACUCUCCCUCCUGUAGUUCUGUAGCCGGGGCCUCCUUCUCAGGGUCUCCCCAGCCCAGCCCUUCUGCCCCAUCCCACUCGGUGCUGUUGAGUAAGGGCCCUGCCAAGGAACUGACCAACUCAGCGAGCAGCCAUAGUGUGUACAUGUGCACAAGCAGGGACAGGGGCACAUGGGGGUUGUGCCCAGGUGUUGCCCCCUAACCCCUGGGAGGGUGAGGCAGGGCAGGGUCAGUCUCCAGGGUCAGUCCCUGGAUGGGUGGUUACCUCCCCUUCAUUCACCCUAAGCCCUGGGGCCCUUAAAUGGGGUGGGAGGGCAGGGGAGGGAGCCCUCCUGGUGGGGUUUGGAGGGUUGGGUUCCUGAAUGCACCAUAAUCGCUGUAUGAAAUAUUAAAAAGUCUAAAG